CCCAGUGAUUCUACAGCAGCAGCCAAGUUGUUCCUUGACUGCUGAGGGGGUAGUCGAAGGAUUCGCUGGUGAUUGUGUUUUUUUACGUAUUUUUUCCACGAGGCGUUGGUUUUAUCCACCUAAACGCAAGGAGACGGAUUUGUGGCUUUUGACAAGAUCUGGAAGCUGUGCAGGCUGUGGUUUUUGAAAGUAACAUGGCUUCCCAGUCUGAUCUGAUGGAGCUGGACAUGACAAUGGAGCCUGAUCGGAAGGCUGCAGUGAGCCAUUGGCAGCAGCAGUCGUACCUGGACUCUGGUAUCCACUCUGGGGCAACCACCACCGCCCCCUCCCUGAGCGGGAAGGGCAACCCAGAGGAGGAGGAUGUGGACAACCAGGUGCUGUACGAGUGGGAGCAGGGCUUCUCUCAGUCCUUCACACAAGACCAAGUGGCAGACAUUGACGGGCAGUAUGCCAUGACCAGAGCCCAGAGGGUGCGUGCAGCCAUGUUCCCAGAGACCCUGGACGAGGGCAUGCAGCUCCCCUCCACCCAGUUCGAUGGGGCCCACCCCACCAACGUGCAGCGGCUGGCUGAGCCCUCUCAGAUGCUGAAGCACGCCGUGGUGAACCUCAUCAAUUACCAGGAUGACGCCGAGCUGGCCACACGCGCCAUCCCCGAGCUGACCAAACUACUCAACGACGAGGACCAGGUGGUGGUGAACAAGGCUGCAGUGAUGGUGCACCAGCUGUCCAAGAAGGAGGCUAGCCGCCACGCCAUCAUGCGCUCCCCCCAGAUGGUGUCGGCAAUCGUGCGCACCAUGCAGAACACCAACGAUGUGGAAACGGCCCGCUGCACCGCCGGCACCCUGCACAACCUGUCCCACCACAGAGAGGGUCUGCUGGCCAUCUUCAAGUCAGGGGGCAUCCCCGCCCUCGUCAAAAUGCUCGGGUCCCCAGUGGACUCGGUGCUGUUCUACGCCAUCACCACCCUACACAACCUGCUGCUCCAUCAGGAGGGUGCCAAGAUGGCCGUGCGCCUGGCCGGAGGCCUGCAGAAAAUGGUGGCCUUGCUCAACAAGACAAAUGUCAAAUUCCUCGCCAUCACAACAGAUUGUCUUCAGAUCCUUGCCUACGGCAACCAAGAAAGCAAGCUUAUCAUCCUGGCCAGCGGCGGCCCUCAGGCCCUGGUCAACAUCAUGAGGACCUACACAUACGAGAAGCUGUUGUGGACUACCAGUAGAGUUCUCAAAGUGCUCUCUGUCUGCUCCAGCAACAAGCCUGCCAUCGUAGAGGCUGGUGGUAUGCAAGCCCUUGGGCUUCACCUCACAGACCCCAGUCAGAGACUGGUCCAGAACUGCCUGUGGACCCUCAGGAACCUUUCAGACGCUGCCACCAAACAGACGACCUUAGCUGAAGUAGAUGUGAUGCAGGAGGGUAUGGAAGGUCUGCUGGGGACCCUGGUCCAGCUCCUGGGCUCUGAUGACAUCAACGUGGUGACGUGUGCCGCCGGCAUCCUGUCUAACCUCACCUGCAACAACUACAAGAACAAGAUGAUGGUGUGCCAGGUUGGCGGGAUCGAGGCGCUGGUCCGUACCGUGCUGCGUGCCGGAGACCGCGAGGACAUCACCGAGCCGGCCAUCUGCGCCCUGCGCCACCUCACCAGCCGCCACCAGGACGCCGAGAUGGCCCAGAAUGCCGUGCGGCUGCACUACGGCCUGCCUGUGGUGGUGAAGCUGCUGCACCCCCCCUCCCACUGGCCUCUCAUCAAGGCCACAGUGGGUCUGAUCCGUAACCUGGCUCUGUGUCCAGCCAACCACGCCCCUCUGCGUGAGCAGGGAGCCAUCCCCAGACUGGUGCAGCUGCUGGUCAGAGCCCACCAGGACACCCAGAGACGCACCUCCAUGGGAGGCACCCAGCAGCAGUUUGUGGAGGGAGUUCGUAUGGAGGAGAUCGUGGAGGGCUGUACUGGAGCUCUGCACAUCCUGGCUAGAGAUGUUCACAACAGAAUCGUCAUCAGAGGACUCAACACCAUUCCACUCUUUGUCCAGCUGUUGUACUCUCCCAUUGAGAACAUUCAGCGUGUGGCUGCAGGAGUUCUGUGUGAGUUGGCCCAGGACAAGGAGGCAGCGGAGGCCAUCGAGGCUGAGGGCGCCACCGCCCCCCUCACAGAGCUGCUCCACUCCAGGAACGAGGGCGUGGCUACCUAUGCUGCUGCUGUUCUGUUCCGUAUGUCUGAAGACAAGCCCCAGGACUAUAAGAAGCGCCUGUCUGUAGAGCUCACCAGCUCCCUGUUCAGGACGGAGCCUAUGACCUGGAACGAGACUGGAGAUCUGGGCCUGGACAUCGGAGCUCAGGGAGAUGCCCUGGGCUACCGUCAGGAAGGUGUAUCGUCUGAUCUGAAUGAACCUGCAUUGUGAUUUGGCUGGAGAAGUUGCUGGGAGGUUUUUGAAAGUGGGCUAGUAUCUCAGAAAGUGCCUGACACAUUACUAAAAGCUGAGUUUCCUGUGGGAACACGUGGAGUGGAAGUAAAACUUUGUUCUGGUCUUUUGUGGGAGUUAAAACUGCGUUAAUGGAAUUCCUGGAGUGGGUUACUCGAAGAAAAUGACGCUCAAGAGUGGAUCUAAAGAUGGAAUUUAAAACCCUCGUCUGUAUUUUUUUACAUUUUAUUUUGUAUGAUUCUUCUUCAGUCUCUGUAACGGUACUGAUAUAGCUUGCGUUAUUAUACUCAUCUCUUUUUUUGCAGUAAUUUGUAUCCAUUUUAAGUCUCUUGUAGUGUUAAGUUAUAGUGGUAAUGCUCCAAUUUAAAAUGAUCAAGUUAUGGUGUAGAACACUAAUAAUCAGUUGAAUUGUAUUCGGAUCAAGUGUAACAUUGUGUAGCUUUUGUAUAAAACCAAGAAUUGGAAAUGGUCCAAAUAUCAAAUAUUUUCUUGCUUUAAUAAUUGUGCACUGUUUGUAGUGUCACAACUGUUCCAAAGGGUCUGUGGGGGAGGGGGCAGCGGAGUAAAUUUUUAAAAAAUCUGUCUUUUAGUUGAUAGCUGUUCAAGGAGGUUAAAAGAAUCCCUAAUUAUUGUAGCCUGCUGUGCUUAUUGGAGACAUGGUCAUGACAUGGCUAAACAAUAAAAAUGGACUUUAAUUUCA